AAUUAAUUUAUGUAGUAUUGAGUGUUAAUUUGCUCUUCAUUUUUCUUUUAGUUAACCUGACUUCUUACUAAUUCCAUUAUUAUGAAUGAAACGUAUCAUUUUAGUUUAUUAUAUUGAUAUUUAGAAAUGGAAGAAAGAUAUUUUGGAUGGGAUGAAAUUUCUGAUGGAUUACUUUUAUUAAGUACACAAAAGACUGAGGAUGAGCAUACCAAAAAGACUAAACUACAAUCUGAUCCUAAUCAUGUAUCAAAGGUAUAUUGUCCGCACUCAUACUUGAUUUUAAAUUUCCAUGAAACCUUAAGUCAACGUGAUAAGCUCAAAUUUAGGAAAUAUUAUUUAAGGAAGGUAGCUCCAAAUGAACCAAAUGUUAUUAUUUUACAAGAUAUAAAGGAUCUUGUAAUGUAUUUAUUAAUCAGUCACAUAAGUCCUCAAUUUGUGAAUUUCUUCUUUUUACCAAUUGUGGAUCGCUUUUUGAGAGCUGCAAUACUUUAUUUUCAAUAUUAUGUGAUAACAUGGGAAGAAUUAAUGAAAGAACGUACAGCUACUAUGAAAAAAGCACCAAAUCCUUUGGCUCAAGGCUAUAGAUAUAGAUAUGCAGAAGAAAUGCAAAUUCUUCGUUGUGUCUUAGGUAGAGAAUAUGCUGAUUUAAUAGUAGGUUGUCAUGAUGUUAUACAAUAUCAUCAUAUGACUGGUGGAAAAAAAGGAGCUCCAUCUGUGACACAAUCUCAAGGAGAAAAGGAUUUACGAAUAUUUGAGGUAUUAAUCUGUAUGACACAUCGUAUUGUCUGGAUAGCUUUAGAACGCAAGUAUUUCAGUUUGAUUGAAAUAGAAUUGCACAGAUUAUUUAGAACUGAAACAUAUAAUAUAGCUGAAAGACGAAGUCAUAUCAUUCAAGAUAUGUUACCUAAUGAUAUCCAAGUAUUACAAGGUCACAAAAUACAAGUAAAAAGAAAAUUAUUAAGAAAUUCACCCUUAAUACAAGGAUUGAUAUACUCAGAUUCUGACUAUCGUCUUCUAUCUUUAGGAAUAGAGGACAAUUCAAAUGACGAACGCAUUCUUUAUUUGAAAUAUGCACUUGUUGCUAAAGAAGAUAAAUUACAUGAACUGGGAAUAAAAGUAGGAAUUUUAGGAGAAAAUAGAACUAAUUAUGAUAUCCUACUAAUGCCUCUGGAAGAAAAAAACGAAGAACAAGACAAAACUCAAUUAUCAGAUAGAAGAAAACAUGAAAAAAAAAAAAGUGUUAAGGAUACAAUGCAAGAUGCACAAAUAUCUAUAAAAGUACAAAGACUUCCGUCUUUUCAAACCAAACCCAAUCUAACACAAGACUUUUCAACGAGAACAAUUAAUAUUUCACCAAAAGGCUACAAAAUUGCGCGUCAAAAAGCAAGGAAAAGGUGGUUGAUUAGAGAAAUUAAACGGCAAGGAUAUAAAGAAACGGAUACAUACUCAAUAGCAACGAUGAUAGAUUAAUUAUUUUUUUGAAAAUAAAUUAAGAAUUAUAAGCAUAUUUGUGUCAUAAUAUAAAUUAUCGUAAUUUGAAUAACAUUCUCUUUUAAUUGAAAAUUUAUAAACUUCUUCUAUGCUAUUAUGUGAGCAAAUAUAAAUGUUACAAAUUCUUAGUUUACGUUAGUUAUAUUUUUAAAUAAAUAAAAUUUUGAAAUUUGUAUUAUUUGAAUUAAACAUAUGAUAUAUAUAAUAUAUACAAAUACAAAUUAAAAGAUAUACAAAUAUAUACAAAUAUAUCGUUAUAACACAACAAAUAAUAACAAACAACAAAUUUUUGUUGAGUAUGUUUGUUGAAUUAAAGUAAAAUAAAUAGAACACAAAUCAAUGUUGAUUACUAUUUCAAAACUGUUUUAUUUUUCGUGUAAUUACUUAAAGUUAGUAUGAAUUAGUAACAAUUAAAUAUUUGAAAAUAUGUGUCUAUAUUUGGUUUCCUAAAAAAAUUUACUUCAUGCAAUAAUUUAAUUUCUUUACAUUUAAUAUUAUUUUGUAAGAUUGAGUAAUAAUGAAUAAAGAAAUACAAAGUAUUUAUAUUUUUAAUUAUAUAAAAAGAAAACUGUUGAUAACUAAUACAAAAUAUGGAAAACUACUUAAAAUUAUUCGUAACGCGCAUUGAAAAAAUUUAGAAAGAAAAAUACUGAUAAUUAUUUUUAUCGCAUAAGAUAUUAAACAUAGACACAUAUUUCGAAAAUAACGCUUUUAGGAUAUGUGAUAAGGGUGGAUAAACUGAGUACAAUAAGACAAUGUAAAAAAUAUGCUUAUUAUAAUUGGUAAUGCCUAAUAAUGCGUACUAAUGCUGAUAUUUUACAAGGAGAUACAUAUAUAGGUACAUUUGAAGCAAUGCAUUGUUUUAAGAUUAAAUUUUGCAUUGUCCUUAUAUAAAUAAUUACUGUACCUACUUACUACCAUUAUAUAUAAUAACAAUAUAUAUACGACAUUAAUUUAAUCCCAAUAUGGGUUAAAUUGUAAAUUAUAUUGUAUUUCUGUCCAUUUACAAGUGGCAAAUUACUGUCCAUUUGCAUUGGUUUACAUUUAAAACAUUUAUUAUUCAAGAUAUACUUCCUUGCGACCUAUUAUUUAUGAAUAAUGACACGCACAUGUAACGUACAAAAAUUAAUAUCUUAAAUAGUACAUUUGGCACAGAAACUUUGAUAAUAAAAACUAGAUCUCACAAAAAUCUGUACAAUUCUAGUGUCACAAGUAAGUUGUUUUUUCUGCUGCUUUACUCUCUAAUGACAUUUAUUUAUAGUCUACAAAGUGAUUCAACAUAGUUCUUUUUCUUUAAUUUCGAUUACGAUAUGUAUUAAAAUUAUGAUAAUUUGAAAUAUAUUGUGUACAUUUGAAAAUAUUACAUGUACGUAGAUAACUCUAGUGUCAAUACUAUAGCUAUGUUGUAAUCAUUUAAAUGUUAAAUGGCAGUAAAUGAUUUAGUUGUUCUUAUAAUUAACCAGAGGAAUCUAGUUUUUUUUCUCAGAAUCUGUGCCCUCUUACAAUUCUUUAAUCUGAAUUUUAUAUAUUUUUACUUUGAAUAAUAAAAUAAUAUAUCACGUGUCAUCUUUUCUUAUAGGCUGCAAAAGAAAUUGAAUCAUAUUACAAUUACUAAAGAUAUCAAAAAUGAAACUAUUUCGGCACUUCUUAUUAAGUUGAAUCUUUAAUUAUAUGUUACAGUUAUCUAUUACUGAACAUUUAUCUAUAUGAUUAUAAUACAAAAUGAAGAAAAUGAUGAUAGUGGUGAUUAUGCAUAUAUCAAUAAGAUUAUUUGCGAUUACUCGCAUAUAUUAUUACAGCAGGCAGAUGAUAAAAAAUGAAUAUGACCAUUUAUAUGUAUAUGUACUUUUUUUUAAGUUCAGUCAUGUGUUCAUGCAAUUCUAUUUUAUAAAUAAAGUUUCUUAGUAGAAAAUAA